GUCUGACCAGUAUUCGAGAUUAUUUUUCGUUGUUCGCUGCUAGCAGAAGUGAGAAGAUGCCUGAGCCAGCCAAGUCCGCGCCGGUUCCUAAGAAGGGCUCUAAGAAAGCCAUCACCAAGACGCAGAAGAAGGGCGACAAGAAGCGCAAGAAGAGCCGCAAGGAGAGCUACUCCAUUUACGUGUACAAGGUGCUGAAGCAGGUCCACCCCGACACCGGCAUCUCCUCGAAGGCCAUGAGCAUCAUGAACUCCUUCGUCAAUGACAUCUUCGAGCGCAUCGCCGCCGAGGCGUCGCGCCUGGCCCAUUACAACAAGCGCUCCACCAUCACCUCCCGGGAGAUCCAGACCGCGGUGCGCCUCCUGCUGCCGGGGGAGCUGGCCAAGCACGCCGUGUCCGAAGGCACCAAGGCUGUCACCAAGUACACCAGCUCCAAGUAAUCUUGACUGGUUCCCAGGACGUACCAAGCCCAAAGGCUCUUUUAAGAGCCAC